AUGAGUGAUAGUUCUGGACUAGUUCCUGUUGUUGAAAGCCUCGUUGUCCGUGACUCCAUUCGGCCCAAGGAGCACGCAACACGUUUUGCAAAGUGGGGAUCCAGGCUGAGAUCGGGAUGCAACAAAACACCAAAUCCAAACACGCCAAUUCUCAAAAUGGCUUCUCCCUCCCUCUCCCUCACUCUCCGCUUCACCCGUCCCGCCUCUCGCUCAGAAAUCACCGCCGUCGGCAUCUCCCCAUCGUCAACCAUCGCCUACGCAAUCUACUCCGGCGCCCAGACAGACCAGCCCUGGAUCGACACCUUCGACCUCAAGUCCCAAACCAGCUACUCCAAAAUCAUCGGCUGCGUCGCCGCCUUCUCGCCAACCGUCCACUCCUCUCCCUCUUCCUCUCUCCUUCGCAUCAGCACAAUCACCUCAAGAUCGUCUCCAGCACCAGCAUCAUCUUCCUCCUCUUCAGCUCUCCCCCGCAUCGCAACCCUCUCCGCCACACUCAUCAUCCGCGACUUCUCCUCCUCCAAGCCCAUCCUCGAGCUCAGAGACGUCUUCUCCCCCAUCGCCUGGUCCCCCGACGGCCGCUCAAUCGCCGCCGCCGAGCCCCGCCACCGCGUCGGCGUGUGGGACGUCCGGACAGGGACCCGCAUCGGCCGCGUGCCCGGCCACAUCGACGCCGUGACUCACGUCGCCUUCACGCCGGACUCGCACCUCGUCACAAGCUCCCGCGACGGCACCCUCCGCGUCACCAACCCCGUCACAAUGAAGACUCUCUACAAGCUCGAGAUUGAGGCCUCGUCAACCAAUCCCCGUGCCUUGGCCGUCUCGCCCGACGGCAGCACCAUCGUCUCCAUUUGGGGCACAACCGUGCACAUCUGGAUGCCCCAGCACGGCCAGCUUACAUCGUAUGGCCUCUCCAGCACCCGCCCUUGCGAAGGCUGGCCGCUUUGCAUCUCCCCCGACUGCCGCUACAUUGCCUCCUGGACCGAGGAAGGCUUUGAUAUCAUGGACGUGGCUUCUGGGGCGGUUAUUUGCACCAGAGAGGGAGGACCUCUGGUCACCUCUGCGGCCUUUUCUACUGACAGCAAGACUCUUGUUUUAGGCAGAAUGAGUGGCGACGUUGAAGUUUGGAAUGUUGUUAGUAAGGCGGAUUUGAAUUAG